AUGUGGCAGAGCAACUCGCAGAACAAGGAUACUAAACGGACGGCCGACGUCGCCUGUCACUCAUGUCGAAAUGAUCGCGAGCAACCAUGCUGCCAUGUUUGUAUUGAGACAGGGCAAUACUGCGAGUAUCCAGAGAGAGUGCUCAAACCGGGGCCUAAGAUUGGCUCACUUCAACGCCGAGGAAGAAGAUACAGAGAUCGCUGCCAAUCCAAGCCCACAGACCAACAGAACAGAAACAACGAGUCCGCAUCCCCCAUAGAUCAAAACGGGGGAGAAAGGUCUAUAGUGGUUGAUGUGAGCCAGUCUGAGCGUCGACAGAGCUUUGCAAGCAGUUCAUCACGCCGCAAAUCAGAUGCCCAGGAUCAAAACGCAGGACACAAGGCGUCAAAGCUGAAUAUUCAUGAUCUUUCUUUCAUUUUACAUCCUUCUCAUGAAGUCACGACGCCGGAUGAAGAACCGCCGACGGCCAUGUCGGUUGAGUCUGCUGAUGUUGACAACCAGAGAUUGUUCCAAUCGGCGUGUCAAUGUCUUGGUCUAUCGAAGCAAUCGGUUGAAAAGAUGGUGCGCAUUUAUUUCGACAAUAUGGUCGCCAUUAAUCUUUUUCAUGAACCAACCUUCACCCAGACUCUGCAUUCCAUCACAUCGGAAUCUCAGCUCAUCGCGUUGCUAGCUGCAAUAUGCGCAUACUCUGUACGCUUCGUUCCAUUUGAAGCGGACCCGGAACUUGAACAAGAAUUAUCAUGGGGCAGCACUGACCAGAAAACGCCCACCACGUUCCUCAACCUUUCAUCACAGCAGAUAGACAAGGCUCUAAAUGAGUGUACCGACGAUCCCCCGCCACUUUGCGUUCUGCAAGCCCUCAUCGUUACAACUCAUUGUCAGCUGACUCAAGGUGUUCGAGGGAGGGCAUGGCGUGCACUGGGAACCUGUGUGAGGUUGGCAUACGAGUUGAACCUUCACCUGUUAGACUCGAGGUACGCUGUUGAACAGUAUGAUCACAACACUCACCGCUGGGGCGAAGAUGAGGAGAAACGUCGUGCCUGGUGGGCAAUAUGGGAGAUGGAUGUGUUUGCGAGCACUAUUCGUCGCACCCCAACUGCCGUAAGCUGGUCUCAGAUGGAAGUGCUGCUCCCAGCGCCUGAUGCCAAUUGGUACCAGGACAACCCGGUUGGAAGUUGCUUCCUCGAGCAAGAACCAGGCCAGCGUUGGAAGGCUCUGCAGGAGAGUGGAAAUGUCUCUCCAAAGGCUUGGUUCAUCGUGAUAAACUCUCUGAUGAAGGAUGCACAAGUAAUAUCUUGCCCUCGAGGUGUACCUUCUGUUUCACGGCCGGGCCAGAGCUGGCAGCAGACUUCAAAGGGUGAAGCAAGGCAAAGCAUCUCUUAUCAGACUGAAAACAGCGAGGAGUCUGGACAGAAGCUAGAGACUUUGGCGAACUCGGUAUACUGUCUUGUUCGCGUGCUGCCUGAGAAUCUUCGCUACCGACAACAACAUCUUUCGUUCAGCCCUCGGUUGCCGGGCCAGGUUGAGUCAUCGCGACAGUUACAUUGUUCCAUCUACAAUAUCUACGUCAUGACCCAGUUGGCGCGGCUCAUGAUUCAUCGAUAUGAUGUCUUCGGUAGCCAAACAAAACCUGCACAGCCAUCAGCGAUGAGUGCCCAUUGCAAACUGGGAUUCACCUCUUUCCAGGAACAGGAGAACCCUGCCCUCAGAGAGUAUUUCGAGUCAGCGGAUAAUGUCCUCUCUAUAGUCAACAGGAGCUGCGAGGAUCACAUCCGUCAUAUCAAUCCGUUUCUACCCAGCACGAUAUGGUUGGCGGCUGCAGUCCAAAUGGUUCGAAAGCAGUUCGGAGGUCCCUCGACUUACAACUCACUUAUUAAAGCUCGCUUUGAUGUUUUGUACCUCACCUAUAAACAAUGUGUUAGCUUCUGGGGCAUUCAGACUGCGAUGCAGCAGAAUCUUGAGACUAUUGAAGCACAGCUGGAAGAAUUUAAUGGCAAGCCUGCGAGGAACUUCUCAGGAACGACUACACAGCCUGCCUGGUCUGGUGUUAGCAAUUCUGCGCAGAGAUGGAUAUCGCCAUCGCUGGACACGUCUGAUGGACGCAAAAUCGCCUCCCAGCCUUCCACCAGUCAGAAUACUACCCAUCAAGCACAGUCACAUGAAACACAAAAGCCUCUUCCAACUGGUGAUGUCAACAGCCUUGGCAACAAAGGCGUGCAGGCCACAGAUGCGCUACCGAAGACUCCUCCAGAAAGCGAUCAUGGGGAGCAGCUCACGCGUAGCACAAUGCAAGGGACUGACAUGUCCCCAAAGGCCAUUGGAAUGACUCAGUCUAUGGAUCCACUGAAUGGUACAUUUUGUGCUGAUGUGGAUGGUCCUAUGGCAAGUAUGCCUAUGCUGGAUUUUAUGCUCAUGCCACCACAAGCAGGCGCUGAGAUGCAUGAUAUGGGGGAUAGUGCCAUGAUGGAUGUGUGGAAGGAUAUGGAGCUUCCGAGCGAUAUACGUGACUUGUUAUCUGGAUUCUCAACAUAUUGA